AUGCCGUCAAGCAGUGGCCUAGGACAACAGCAACAUCGCCUGACUAUCCGACAACCGAACUUUAGGUGCGCACCAAUCAGAAAAAAGCGCGGUCGCCAAAGCCAGAGAGCGCCAGAGUAUACAGUACGACAUCUUUGGACCAACAAACAGCGCUACGAUCUAGCGGUGCUCUUCAAAUUCUUCGACGCUGAUACCGACGCCCUCACCAAGGUCUUCAACAAUAUGCAUAACUUGAAUUUAGAUGGCAGGAAACAAGUGAAACCACAAGAGAAGUUUCUGCGAGACAAUGUGGAGGCGUACCCUUUCUGCCUCCCGAUCGACAACUGUCCGAUCCAAGAUCCCGGCAACAUCUUCGCCGCCGAUAGAGCUGCAGUGGAAGAAGCUGCUAGAUCUAUUGGUAUCGAGCUCGAACGCCGUGAAGUAGCAUCGAAUCAGUCGUCUGGCAGUGCGAGAUUCGCGCGUUCCAAGCAUACACGCCGCCGCUUUAGGGCACUCUUGCACCGGACUCGCUUCUCGAACAAUUCUUCACCUUUCAAUGAAUCACGGCCACACGUAUGCACAGAUGAGAUGCGGUUUAGUGGUUUUGCAAUCUCAUCUAAUAAUUCAGAAGAGAUGGAAGUCAACGUGAACGAGGACAGCGUUCUACUCAAUACCGAAAACCUGGAGACAACGCCCUCUCAGUGUUCUCCGCAACUUCGACCGCAUCAGCUCGAGCUCUUGGCUUUCAGGGUGUGGGAUUGCGACAGGUACCUCAUAUUUCACGAUCUCUGUUGUACUUUCUUCUAA